AUGUCUGGUGUUGCACAGCAGCGAUUACAGCAGGAACGCAAAGCUUGGCGAAAAGAUCAUCCCUUUGGAUUUGUCGCCAAGCCCCGUACUCUCCCAGAUGGAUCUGUGGAUAUGCUGCAUUGGGACUGCAGGAUACCAGGGAAAACCAACACCAUCUGGGAGGGAGGUGUGUAUCCUUUGGAGCUGCGGUUCACGAAUGACUACCCUUCCAGCCCUCCUACAGCAAAGUUCCCCAAGGGCUUCUUCCAUCCCAACAUAUAUGAAUCUGGCACGGUCUGCUUGAGCAUCCUCAACCCAGAAAAGGGGUGGAGACCCUCUGUCACAGUGAAGCAGAUCCUCAUGGGCAUAAGUGACCUGCUGAACGACCCCAACAACGAUGAUCCUGCGCAGCAGCUUGGCUAUGAUGUCUUCAGGAAGGACAAGGCAAAGUAUGCAAGGUUGGUGAAGCAGCAGGCCAGGAAAUACUCGGAUGAGAAGUACUCCACGAUCUGA